AUGUCGCUAUUCGGAAACUUCGACGUCGCUAAGCUGGCGUCGCAGCUCGGCGGCUUCACCAUCCCCGACGACCCCGAGAUCCAGCACGAGUACGGUUCUAAGGACUUUGGGUACAGCAAUCACGGCACUCACGCCGGCGGCUACGACGGUCGCCCUCCCACCGGCUAUGCUGGCGGUCCGCAGAACGGCGCCGACGAGUACAAGCGCGAGCAUCCUGACGCAUACGGCACCGCCGAUCCGGAGAGAGCGGUUCCUUAUGGCGCGGGCGAUUUCUCUGCCACGGCCGCUGGCACCUACGGAGCCGCUCACGCUCCGUAUCCCACGGACUCACCUCGACCCGAGCAUCGCUACGGCGACCAGUCUAGCCCGUACCCCGCCGACUCACCGCGACCGGAGCACCAGCGGUAUGGCGACAGCGCGAGCCCGUACCGGCCGCCUGAGCACGGUUACGGACGACCGCCCUCGCCACGUCUACCGGAGGGCUGGGUGAAGAGGUUUGACGAGUCAAGUCGCCGGUGGUACUAUGUUAGCCCGCAUGGCUCGUCUCAGUGGGAGCCGCCUGCCCCGCCAUCCCCUGUUGUUUCGCCGCCGCCGCAGGAGCCUGGCUAUGGAGGGUACGGAGAUAGGUACGGGGGACACUCUCCACAGCCCGGAUAUGGCGGCCACUCACCUCAGCCGGGACACGGAGGACCUUCGCCUGGAGAGUACGCCGCGGGAGCUGCGGCGGCUGGUGCGGUGGCGGGUGCUGCCGCGGGAUACUACGCCGGCCACAACUAUGAACAGAGUCAGCCUCAACAGCAGCAACGGUACCAUGACCCGAAUCAGUCUUACGGUCACCAAGGCUACGGCCAACCGCAGGGAUCACCGUACGGGCAACCCCAAGCAUCACCUUAUGGACAGCCUCAUGGGUCGCCGUAUGGCGCAGGAUCUCCGUAUGGUCAACCUCAAGGAUCGCCGUACGGCCAGCCUCAGCAGCAUCCGUACGGACAGCAGCAGUACAACAACAACAACCCCUACGAGCAGGGAUACAGCGGCGAGGAAAAGAAGAAGAAAAAGAAGAACAGCAGUAGCAGUAACAUGCUGCUUGGUGUGGCGGGUGGUCUCGCUGUCGGUGCGAUAGGAGGAGCGCUGAUCGCCAACGCUUUAGAUUCCGACUCGGACAGUGAUCACGAGCACCAUGAAAGACACGAGCGAGGAAGCGACUCCGGAUCCGAGCACCGCUAUCGCGAGUACGACCGCGACGAGAGUGACCGGGAAUCGCUUCGUGAGGCGAGAAGGGAGUAUGAAGAGGAGCUUGCGAGCGCGCAUGGAUCUGAUGCUAGCAGCAGCGAUCGCGAGUCGUUGCGUGAGGCGAGGGAGGAAUAUGAGGAGGAGCUGGAGGAGUACUACGAUGACUGA